UGGGCCCAGGGAUCUUCAAAAAUUCAGAUCAUUGCUAGGUUUUUCUUUGGUUAAUAGUGUGGUCUCAAUAAUUUCGCUGUCAAAAUAUGUUUCGUUCAUCGCCAGCUGUUGGAGAUGACGAAGAGCUCGAUCCAAGAAUCCAGGUGGAAUUGGAGAGGCUCAACACCACAACAGAUGAAAUCAAUCGCUGGGAAACAGAACUUGAUGAAGCAAAUGCUGGAUUUCGUACCUUGCUGAGUAAGUCGACUCAACAACUCAAAGCCUUGGCCAAAAAACUAGGCAGUUGCAUUGAAAAGUCCCGACCAUAUUAUGAUGCCUUUGAAGAAUACAAAACGGCUCAAGAGCGUUGCCAAGAAGCAGCUGUGCAGUUUCAGAGAGCAUUUGGUAUUCACAAAGCUGCUAAAGAAACAAUAGCUCUUGCUGAACAGCGGUUUAUUAGUCAUCAACAUGAAUGGAAGUUUGACAAUGCAUGGCAGGAAAUGCUGAAUCAAGCGACUAUGAGGGUGAUGGAAGCUGAAACUCAAAGACAACUAAGUGAAAAGGAACAUCAAAAGAGUGCUGCGAUAUUCGAGACUGCCAAGCAAAAGUAUCAAUACCUUGAGAAAGAUUUGAAAAGCGCAAUUCAAAAAUCGAGACCCUACUUUGAACAAAAAGAGGACUUCCAAAAUAAACUGAUGGCACAGAAGUUAAAAGUUGAACUCAUUCAGCAGAGCGUCACCCAAGCUAAACAAAGCUAUUCAGACACGCUGAAAAAAUUAGAAUGCAUUUCAGAAGAGAUCCACGAGCGCCGACUACUUUCACGACCGAGAGAGCCGGGUGUGGGUGCGGAGAAAAGUUGCUCACCUCCACCGUCCCUAAAUUUUGAUUUAGACCAAUGCGAUAUUCUCAGCUUAGUUUCAAACUGCACGUUGAAUCGGGCGAGUGAUGACGAAGAAUUGUCUUGUUCUUCCUCCCCUACUACAGCCUCCUAAUUGAAUUGAAGACCAAGUGUCUAUUCUUUAUGACGACCCAAUUUAUUAGCUUUGGUACCUUGUUUAUGUUACGUACCUGCGUGAGGCAUGUUUUGCCACCCAUUGAAAAGUUAUCUUUUUAGGGUGAUGGUAGAACAGGUGUCAGCCAUGUCUGCAUAAUUAAAAUUAUACACUAUCCCCACCCCAGCCACCUUUGUUCCAUCUCUCAACAUUCAUUAUCCCUCAAACAAGUUGCCAUCAACCACCGCAAUAAUAAUUCAACAACAUUGUUUUCCAUUCCUUCCAGCGGGCAUUCUAUUCUAUUUCAACAAUAUUAUGGGUUCUGAGUAAUAAACAUGUAAAUAAAAGUAAUAAGCAUU